AUGCGGUUAACUAUCGGAACGAUCGUCCUCCGGCUCCUCCUCGUGCUCCUUGGCGUCAACAGUAUCGCGAUGGCGGCGAGCAUCAAGCGGACGCAGGACCUGCGCUACGGCCCGAUCAUUCUUGAGCUCCAGGAGGCACAUCCAACCUUCAAAUUCCCGACCUUCUCGAAGACGCGGACACGCUCCACCUACGCCACGGCGUUUCUCUCA